UAUACCUUUCUUUCCGUAGACCCGAAUAAAAAACAAGGGAAACCAGUGACAUUUAGCAAUACAAAAAGAGAAGACUUUCAAUCCAAUCCAUGGGGAAACCAAAAAAAAGGAAAACAUAUGUCCGACAACUCUUCAAAUAUUAAUAGAUCUACGAAAACCGAUAAUACAUACGCAUCUAGCAAGUUUGACACCAAGACGAUUAUAAAUGUACCAUUCGAAGAAAAGAAAAUAGCUGCCCCACCUCCAACUUCUGCGCCCAAAAAGACAACUUGGGCCUCCAUUGCUUCGCAACCAGCAAAAUUGAUUUCAAGGACUAAUCUCUCAACACUAAGUCAUAAAAAAAAGGGUCCAGGUAUGCCUCCGCCCCCAAUGGUGCCAGGAAAGCAUAACUUGGAUGUAAACACAUGGGAAUUACCCAACAAUAAUCCCCCACCUUUGCCGUCACCUCCUACUUCGACUGAUAAAUCAUUUGCGGAAAUUGAUUCCAGUUUUACUGUCGGAAUUGGAUGUGAUUAUGAAAUCGAGAUGCACACAGAUAAAGGUCAGAAGGGAAGUCAGUACCCUCGCGAAGAAAAUAAAGCGAAUUACAACAAAAAUAAUUACGGACGUGCGCGUGGUUCACCUAUUGGUAAUUCUCGCAAGAACUGGUCUACUCAACCUCUUGAACAAAAUAGUCGGGGACACGCGAGUGCCAGUACGGGUCAAAGACGAUCUGAUGACAAUAUUGGAAGUAGUGCUUAUCAAAGUCGAUACACCGAUCGUAGGAACAAUUACACUCUUUUGGAGCCAGAAUUGUUAACUCAUGAUACCGGAGAACCGAAACCCGAACAAAAUUUAAAUGUUGAAGAGCUAACACCGGAAGCUUCCAACGCAGUGCUAGAAAAAUUGCAUGACAAGAACAAUUACAAUCCUGUAGAAAUUGACUUAAAUAUUGCAACUUCAGCAAGAUUUUUCGUUAUCAAAUCAUAUUCAGAAGAUGAUAUCCAUCGGAGCAUAAAAUAUGAAAUUUGGUGCUCAACUGAUCAUGGUAACAAGCGACUAGAUGAUGCGUUUAAGGAGCGCCAAAAGGAGGGUGGGCAAAUACUUCUCUUUUUUUCUGUAAACGGAUCUGGUCAUUUUUGUGGCAUGGCUCAAAUGAUGACUGCUGUUGAUUACAAUUCUACGUCCAGUGUCUGGUCUCAAGAUAAGUGGAAAGGAAAAUUUAAAGUGAAAUGGAUUUAUGUUAAAGAUGUUCCCAAUACCAAACUAAGGCAUAUUCGUCUCGAAAACAAUGACAAUAAGUCAGUUACAAACUCACGCGAUACUCAAGAGGUGCCCAAUGCUAAAGGUAUCGAAGUUCUUCAAAUACUCCACUGCUAUAAACACUCUACGUCCAUUUUCGAUGAUUUCUAUCAUUACGAAAAAAAACAAGAAGAGGAAGUUUCAAAAAAACCAAAUGCAUAUGAUAAUUUAACUAUGACAUCACCCAUUAGUAGACAUUACAGUCGUCAAAGUGACGACCGAGAUAGGGAAAGGGAUAGUCGAGGAAUCGGCGGAUCUCAAAAAUAUUUUGGCAGUACUAGUUUUCGUGAACGAAAUAAUUCAUAUCGUGGAAGCUUUCAUAAUAGUUUCAAUGAUCAACGCCGAAAUGAAAGCCAUAGAAUGGGCCUUGUUCCAGAUUCGCAACAAAAGGAAAAGGAUGAUAGAACUGAUGCUGACGCGGAUAGAGACAAUGAAUAUGGAAGCAGACAUGGACAUAAAAUUGAAUAUAGUCAGCGUACGAAGCACAUUAGAGAGCGGGAUUAUAGCGAAAAGGAAACUAGAUUCCGGGCAUCGGGAAAAGAAAUGUUUAAAGACAACGAAUAUGACUAUUGAUAAAGCACUACUACAAAUGCCGACUAUAAAAUUAAAUAUGCACAUAUUUUUUUCGGAGAUAAAACAGUAAUACGUUGGUGAAAAUAAUUCAAACAAUAUAUUACGAAGAGUUUAAUUAUGUUGUUAUUUUUAUAUUGAUUUCCGCUGAAAACAAGCCUUGAAAAUAUUUUGUCAACUUAUUUGACGUAGAGUACAGGAAUACUAAUAUAUGUGAUUGGUAAAGUAUAUGUUCGACAAAUCGAUUAACUACUUAGAUCCAAGGUUUGCAAACGUCAUUCCAUAGAGUUACAUUAUAAUUAAUAAAAAUCUUAAUUAUAUGACGCACACACAUACAUACACAAAUUCAUGUAUAUACAUUAUUUUGAAGCUAACAUUAUUUUUUACGCAUCCGUUGUAUGCGAAUUUUGCAACUAAAAAAAAAAUAAAUCAUGCGCCCUCAAAUUUCGAGUCUAAUGUGCAAAAAGACAAA